UGGGUGAGAAGGUGGUGAAAGCAGAAGCAGCGCCCACACCGGGGGAGGAGGGAGGAGGACUUGGACAGAGGUUGGGCGGCUCCGAGGUCAGGGCGAGCUUGGCCAGGGGGAGUGGAGAGCAGCCAGGCUGCGCAGGGGCGCGUGCCGUGAGUUCCGGUGAGCGUUGUGUGCCCCACGCUCCGUCUUUCAGGCCGGCCCAGGACGCGAAGCCGGAAGAGAGCUGGAAAGACAGGCCUUGGAGCAGAGAGUGCAACCCGCGCCUCCCGGGUCCAGGCUAGUUCUUUGCGCUCUCCGCCGGAGCCUGCCCAGAGCUGGGUGUGAGGCUGGCGUCACGUCAACGAGCAGAGGCGGCCAGGCGGGGCGGAGUGCGCGUGCGCGGCUAGCGGGGCGUGGGAGCGGGCGCGGGGCUGGCGAGCACGCGCGCGCGCGCACCCCGGGCCAGCCUGGGCGGCCGCUCCUGCCUGUCACGGCUGCGGCGCUGCUGCUGGUCGUUCCCUUGAAGGCAGCGGAGGCGGCGGCUGCUCCAGACACCUGCGGCGGCGACCCCCCGGCGGCGCGGAGAUGUGGCCCUUGGCGGCGGCGCUGUUGCUGGGCUCCUGCUGCGGCGGCUCAGCUCAACUACUGUUAAGCAACGUCAAUUCUGUAGAGUUCACUUCAUGCAAUAAAACUGUGGUCAUCCCCUGCAUCGUCCGUAAUGUGGAGGCGCAAAGCACCGAAGAAAUGUUUGUGAAGUGGAAGUUGAACAAAUCAUAUAUUUUAAUUUAUGAUGGAGGUAAAAAUACCUCUAUAGUAGAACACAACUUUACCAGUGCAAGAAUCUCAGUCUCAGACUUACUCAAAGGCGAUGCCUCGUUGAAAAUGGAUGUGCAUGAGGCCAUGGUGGGAAACUACACUUGUGAAGUGACAGAGUUAUCCAGACAGGGCCAUACUGUUAUAGAGCUGAAAAACCGCACGGCCUUCAACACUGACCAAGGAUCAGCCUGUUCUUACCCCACUACCCCGGCAGGGGACGAGGAGGAGAAAGGAGGUUGCAAAUUAGUUUCGUGGUUUUCUCCAAAUGAAAAGAUCCUCAUUGUUAUUUUCCCAAUUUUGGCUAUACUCCUGUUCUGGGGAAAGUUUGGUAUUUUAACACUCAAAUAUAAAUCCAGCCGUACGAAUAAGAGAAUCAUUCUGCUGCUCGUCGCUGGGCUGGUGCUCACAGUCAUCGUGGUUGUUGGAGCCAUUCUUCUCAUCCCAGGAGAAAAGCCAGUGAAGAAUGCUUCUGGACUUGGCCUCAUUGUAAUCUCUACGGGAAUACUCAUACUACUUCAGUACAAUGUGUUUAUGACAGCUUUUGGAAUGACCUCUUUCACCAUUGCCAUAUUGAUCACUCAAGUGCUGGGCUACGUCCUUGCUGUGGUUGGGCUGUGUCUCUGCAUCAUGGCUUGUGAACCAGUGCACGGCCCCCUUUUGAUUUCAGGUUUGGGUAUCAUAGCUCUAGCAGAAUUACUUGGACUAGUUUAUAUGAAGUUUGUCGCUUCCAACCAGAGGACUAUACAACCUCCUAGGAAAGCUGUAGAGGAACCCCUUAACGCAUUUAAAGAGUCAAAAGGAAUGAUGAAUGACGAAUAAGUGAAAGGAAGUGACGGACUGUAACUUGGAAGUCAGAAGAGGAAGAAUACAGUUGUCUAUGCACCAUGGCCUUCACAACUCACAGCUGGAAGGACAGGCAACAGUAACUGACUUUCAUCCAUGAAGAAAUGUCAUUGAACCAUAAAUGAUUACUACCAUUAAGUUUAUAUUCAAAGCAGCUGUAAUUUACAAAAUAAAAAAAAAAACCAUGAUGUGCUGUGUAACCAAUUGAAAUCCCAUUUUUCUAUUGUUUCUAUUCAACUAGGGGCAAAUGUUUCAGGGGCAACUUCCAAGAAUGAUGCUUUGUUAGAUCCUUGAGUCUCUGAACACUGAGUUUAAAUCGAUUCCAAGUGAGACUCGCCAAGCACUAACCUGAGGGUUAGUUACCCAGAGAUACAUACGAAAACCAGUGGUAUCCAGCAAGCCUUAGUAAACUCAGGUUGCCAGCAGCUUUGCCACUUCCGCUGCUAGCUGAAUAACAAGACUGCCACUUCUGGGUCAUAGUGAUGGAGACGGAAGUAGAAAGAUGAAUGUGGUUGGGCAAAUCCCGUGUGGCCCCUCUGUGUGCUAUGAUAUCGAUGGCACUGGUGUCUUCAUUCUUGGGGGUUGCCAUCCUUCACACACACACCCUUUGACGUACAGUGCACCCAGGUUUUGAAUACUUUUUUUUUUUUUGCACCCUGUCCUGUCCUGCUACUUUGAUUUGUGUUACAAGAUAUAAUACCUUUUUCUCCUCUUUAAACAUGGUCCUGUGACACAGUAGUGUCAGUUGCAGAAAGGAGCCAGACUUAUUCUCAAAGCACUGUGCUCAAACUCUUCAAAGCUAUGGUUGUAACAUAUGUAUUCCAGACCUCUGGUUUAAAGGCAAAAAAAAAAAAAAAAAAAAAAAUCUAGUGUUUUCUUCUCAUGUUUUCUGAUCGGAGGCAUGACAAAGCAAGACUGAAAUCUGAACUGUGUGUCUCCUGCAUGGCAACAUGUGUCUCUGUCAGGCCCUCGCAAGGCCCGGGGAGGGGGUUUUACACCUGUUGUCUCUUUGUUGCAUGCUGAACACUCAUCGCCUUCCUCCUGUAUCCUGCCUCCUACCUCCUGCAGCCUCUCUCCUCUUCUUCCUCCUCCUCCUCCUCCUCCUUCUCCUCCCCUAAGUUUGAAAAGUAAAACAAAAACUACCACAGUCCCUACCCAGUUAGAGGAAAACCAACGUCCUGACAGUUGUGAUCGCAUGGAGUACUUUUAGAUUAUUAGCACUUGUUUUUACCUCGUUUGUGGGCGUGUUUGUAUGUGCACAUGUAUAAAGUAGGCACAUGCGUCUUCUGUACGGGCAAAAGCGAGGCAUCUACAGAAGAGCAGAUGCUUACUUUGUACUUUUUAGUGAAUACAUUCAAAACAACAAAGGUCCUUAUUGGGUGGCAUUAUAUUUGAUGCAAAUCUUUGAGCUCUUUAAAAACGUUAAAACUAGGUAAUGUGCCAAGCUUUUCUGACUGCUCACCAGUGCCCUCUGAAGAAACACCAGUACUUUUUCCUGUUUGUGUAAUAAAGGCAUUCGUAUUCGUGCUUGCAUUACUAAUGGUUAUUUCUUCUUAAUCCACUGAAUGUUUCCAUGUGCCUCUCGUAUGCCAAAUUUUUUGUCAUCGUUCAUGUGGGGACCAAAUGGUUUGUCUGUGGCAAACCUAAACCUAUGAGCUGCUGAGGCCUCUCAGAAAACUGACCACAGUACCAAGAUCGUGCUUCUCAAAGAAAAGUAGGUUCCCUCCCUGGCUUUGUAGCUGUCUCAAAUAUUAGCUUCAUGUGGAGGAGCUGAACGCCUUUAUAUAAAUCCGAUGGCUCCUGAUGCUUUUGGUUCUUCUGAAAAUAUUUACACUCUGCUCAUAUUGUUGGUGACUUAAAUUCAGUUUUGAUGGAGAGAGCAAAAAAUGGGGAUGUACUCAGAACAGUUUCAGUUUUGGGGUUUUGUUUGUUUGUUUGUUUUUUCUGUUUUCUUUCAGGAAAGUCAGGUGUGAAAAUCUUUGUAGUCAAUUUUUUUUUUACGAACUAAAGUUGUACCUUUUACUAUGUAGUCAACGCCCCUCUGCUCGGGGUUCAGUCUUGGGUCUUAACCAGCUGUCAUGUUCUCUACGCUGCCCGCCACUUGAGGCACUGAAUGCCCUAGACAGUCCCAUCGGUGGUCGCUAGGGAAAUGCAAGACGAACUCAACUCUUGCUCCUAAUAACCAGCUUCUCUGUAUGAAGGAUGGCAGCAUUAAGAGUCCUCCUGCCUGGGCAUUAUUGGGCCAGUUCACCCUCUUUAAAUCAAACCCGCAGUGGCUCCCAGUUCUCGUCCUAUCAGAUUUAAAUUGCUAACAGUAUGGUGGGCACCACACAUCUGUUUUGUCCCACGGUGUGCUUUUCUCUCCCUGAUCCCGGUUUCUGCUGUCAUAUCCUCUAUUCAAUUUUUAUUUAUUGUCUGCUCUCCAUUUAGACAGUAGUAGAGAGCAGGGCCAUUUGUCACUUUCUGCAACAGUUUUUCGAGCCUUUAUGGCUGAAUUCCAUUUUUCUUCUCUUUCAACUGUUUGCUCCAGCCCUCCUCCCUCACGGCUGUCCUUUACGGCCACCCCCAUCCAUCUGGGGGCCUUUUUCAUCUCUCACUUACCCUUCCUGGUGCUUCAUGGAUCUCUGCUUACCUCUGUGGGGUUUUUUUCUUGUUGGUUUUAUUUUUCUUCUCUCUCUCUCUCUCUCUCUCUCUCUCUCUCUCUCUCUCUUUCUCUCUCUCUCUCUCUUUCUUUCUCUUUGGUCUUAUCCUUCUCACUGGACUUUAAGAUUCCUUCCACAGCGAAAGCGCUGCUUCCUUCUCUGUCUGCGGUGUUCUGCGUACUUUAGAUACUACUCAGUGCUGAAGUUUGAUGGCAAAAGUUGCCUACACUUAAAUUUCUGUUUUUAAUAGGGUGAGCUAGAGUUUUUUUUCUUCUCUUUUCUUUUUUUUUUUUCUUUUGAUAAAUCUCACAUACUUUGAAAAUUAUAAAAGGUGAGAGUUCACCUGAAAAUUGCAGGCCUAGUCUGUUUAAAUCAUUGAGAAAUAUCCGAUUAAAGGUCACAGGGCUGUAUCUUAAUAGGCUUUCUUUUGGGAUGUUGUAGUCAGUAGAGUGACUGAAUCGUACUUGAGUUUAUAAAGCUCAAAAAGUGAUGCAUCUGCUCUGCUAUUAUCAUAUUAGUAAGAGUUCAGCUAUAUAUCAUUGUCUAGGUUUAUCUUGUCCUACAGUGGGUAUUUGAAUAUGGCCACCAGACGAUAUGUGUAAAUAUAAGCGCCUGUAUUUGCCUGUUGUUGAGAACUGGAGGGAAAAAAUAUCUGGCAACCCUUUGCCUUUUUACUGUAAUUAAUUGACAGUUUAUUUAGAGACAAGAGUUUUCAAACAUCUCUUAACUGCCUCAACCCACUGGGGGUCUUGUUUUGCCAUCUUCAGUGGCUAUCAGAUGACCCAAGUUAACUUUAAAGAGAUGAACAGUAGCCAGGAAAUUGUCCUGCCUUUAACUUUGACUGUCCUUAAUUAUGACUGUUUAAUGCUGAAUUCUCCACAAAUCUAGUGUUUGAGGGUAAAAAAAAAAGGCAUUUUUAAUAAGCAUUUCUGUAAGACGGCAUCGGUGGGAUCUUCAGUAUUGUUAUUGCGGAUGGAAGAGGGAAACAUUUUUUAUUUUUAUUAAACAGAGCAUUAUUUACAGAAAGCCAUUGUUGAGAAUUAGUUCCCACAUCAUAUAAAUACCUAUUAACCAUUCUAAAUUGUAAGAGAACUCCAGUGUUGCUAUGCACAAGGAACUCUCCUGGGAGCCUUUUUGCAUAGCAAUUAAAGGUAUGCUAUUUGUCAGUAGCCAUUUUUUGCAGUGAUUUAAAGACCAAAGUUGUUUUACAGCUGUGUUACCCUUAAAGGUUUUUUUUUAUGUAUUAAGUCAAUUUAUCACUGUUUGAAGCUUUGAAUACCUGCAAUCUUUGCCAAGAUACUUUUUUAUUUAAAAAAAUAACUGUGUAAAUAUUACCCUGUAAUAUUAUAUAUACUUAAUAAAACAUUUUAAGCUA